AUGAUCUUGAGUCAAAUAGCUCGCAUAUUUGAUCCACUCGGUUUUGCCGCUGCCUUUAUUGUUAAAGCCAAGAUUGGAAUGCAACAUCUUUGGCAGAAAGCAGUAGAUUGCGACAAACAGUUGCCAGUAGAUGAGCACAACAAGUGGAUGGAGUUGUUCGCACAAAUGAAAGAGUUAAACGGUGUUACGAUUGAAAGAUGUCUGACUCCUCUCAACGCAUUUGGAAACACAGUUCUGUGUGUAUUCUCGGAUGCAUCUAUCGAAGCAUUUGGAACUUGUGCUUACAGUAGAUGGCCUCUCGGGGGACAGCACGUUUGGUGUUACGUUUAUCACAGCAAAAUCAAGAGUAGCAGGCAGCAGUAUUGGCUACACGUCUAGGGAAAACAAUCGCAGAAGAAUCCAGAUUCCAAUUUGAGAAAGUCGUAUAUUUUCUGGAUAGCAUGAUUGUGUUGGCAUGGAUUCGCUCGCAAGCUAGAUCAUUCAAAACAUUUGUGUCGACCAGAAUAGGAGAAAUUCAAAGCAAUUCUGAUCCACUCCAAUGGAAGCAUAUCCCCAGAGAAGUGAAUGUAGCAGAUGACGUAUCUAGAGGCAUAUCAGUGCAAGAUUUAACUCAAAGAUGGAAAUCCGGACCCGAUUUUCUUGGCCACCCAGAAGAUCAAUGGCCUGAAACCAUUUCAGCUGCAGUAGAAGAGAAAGAAGUAAACACGGAACGUCGUAAAAUACCAGUUGUUUGCACCGUAAGCACUAUGAAAGAAGCGAUAUGUUGUACGAACUUUGCAAGUUGGCGAAAACUAGUAAGAGUAACUGCUCGAAUACAGAAACUCGGAGCAAAAGUACGAAGCAAGCGAGAAGGAAGUAACGCAACCAUCGAAACAGAAAAUCACGGAACUCUCACCCCAAAUGACCUGUACAAGGCUGAAGUGUAA